AUGGCGCGAAAAGCAAUAGCGAAAGAUCAAAUUGUCAAAUUGAUUGUAGGCGCAGGUCAAGCGUCUCCCUCACCGCCUGUAGGACCGGCGCUGGGAAGCAAAGGUGUAAAGAGCAUGGAUUUUUGCAAAGAGUUCAAUGCAAGAACAGCACACUAUACAGCGGGCACGCCGAUACCUGCGCGCAUCACAGUCCGCCCCGAUCGCUCAUUCCACUUCCAGCUUCGCACACCACCCACUGCGACCCUCCUCCUAAGUGCGGCGGGUGUACUACCAACCAAGAACAAGAUACGGGGUGCAGGAAACGUUCCUGGACCAAUGAACAACCACGAAGGACAAAAGGGAAAAACGUCAACGAGUAGUCCAACGGUGGGAAAUGCAGUCAAGGGUACGGUGGGUACUGUCAGCCUAAAGCACGUGUAUGAGAUUGCCAAGAUCAAGCAUAGUGAGACGCGAUUAAGCGGGUUGAGUCUCGAGGGAAUUGCGAGGAGCAUCGUAGGACAGGCUGGAAGCUUGGGUGUAGUCGUCGUGCCAUAG